UUGAACCGGAAUACGACACAUUUCUUCUUCUUCUUCAUCUUCUUCUUCUUCUUCUAGGGUUAUUAGUCUCAAGAAUGAACUGUUCAAUGGUUAGCCAUCGCGUUUCCCAAAUCGCCAACUAGAUUGAUUCCCUUCUUUUCUCGAUCAACCAUGCUCCCUUCAACAGGUGAUGCCUUAUUUGAUGCAUCACGAUAUGCGUUUUUUGGGCAAGAGAAUGUCGAGGAAGUUGAGUUGGGUGGAUUGGAAGACGACAGUGAUGUCCCGUUUAGUGGUAAUGGGGAUGAUGAAUACAGGCUCUUUCACAUUGAAGAGGAUCCAGUUUUGGGAUCUUCAUCUGAUAUAGAUGACCUCGCUGCUACAUUUGUGAAGUUAAAUAGGGUAGUUACAGGACCUAAACAUCUUGGAGUAAUUGGUGAUCGGGGAUCUGGAUCAUUGUCCAGGGAAAGUUCAUCUGCUGCUGAAUUGACAGAGGAACCACAAUUGUGUAAUAACUGGUGGGAUCGGCCUACAUUCAAUGCAGAAAGUUUUGUGGAAGGGCAAAAAUGGUCGUCAGAAACACAUGACCCUUGUUCAGAAACAAGACCUCUGUACAGAACCUCAUCCUAUCCUCUGCCACAAUUUUCUAGCGAACCUACUUCAGCAUAUCCAUUAGAAUCAAAAUCCUUGUAUAGAACCUCAUCUUACCCUCUGCAACCGCCACAAUUUUCCAGUGAACCUGUUCUAUUACAUGGACCGCCCUACACUUCUUUUCCUCCUGCGGAGGAUAUAACGCAACAACCUCCACCCCGCAUCCGUUCACGUCACCUAAGUAUCUCAUCUCUUUCCAAUAAUGGGCAUCAUCAACCACCCUUCAUUGGGCAGAACGAUCCACCUUUAUCUACUCCAAAUCUUCUGCAGUCCUCUGGUUUAUUAACCCAUAGAUCUCAUGACAGAAACAUGACUCAGCUAAACAUUUCUGGUCUUCCUUUUAAUAAACGACCACAAAACAACUGGGUCAGCUGUCCUGAUUUGCUUCGUAGUGAAUAUUCCAACCUGUCGAACAAUAUCUUGCAACAGCAGUUACUUUCUCAACAUCUAAGACCAAUGCAGCAGCAGCAGCAGUUUCUUCAACAACAGAGAAUGCAGUAUCCAGUUGAUCUCUCUCUCCCUUACCUAUCUUCACUACCAUCCCAUAUGUAUAGCGGCCUUCCUUCUCCCUCCUCCCAAUUUGUUGGUGGGAGAGAUCAUAAACGCAAGUCUGCACAGUCACAGAAAGGUAAGUUUAGUAACCGUUCGUCACAGCAGGGAUCGGUGGAUGCUUCUAGCCAGAAGAGCGAUAAGAGUAAUAACUGCCUACAGUUCAGAUCAAAGUACAUGACGGGAGAAGAGCUGGAAAGUAUUCUCAAACUGCAGCAUGCAAACUCACAUGGUAACGACCCUUAUGUUAAUGAUUACUAUCAUCAAGCCCGUCUUGCAAAAGUAUCCGGGUCGAAGAAUCGUUUCUCCCCUUUUCACUUGAAGGAGUCUUCUUCUGCUUCUUCGGCUCGAUCAUCUCAGCACCAAGUUGAUUCCUUUCGAGGCAAACAACCUUCUAUAGUUGAAGUUAUUACAACUCCUCCUUCCUCUGAGCAGAAGGCGCUCGAACAGGAACCGAUGUUUGCUGUCAGAAUCUCUAUCGAGGACAGCUUCUCUAUCCUACUAGACGUGGAUGAUAUCGACCGCUUUCUACAAAACAGUCAGCAGCAGCAAGCGGACGGAGGCGUUCUUCUGAAACGCAAGCGGCAGAUGAUGUUAGAAGGCCUCGCCACUUCACUUCAACUAGUCGACCCGUUUGGGAAAACCGCGAAUUCUGUCGGGCUGGUCGCGAAAGAUGACAUCGUAUUCCUCCGUUUGGUUUCCAUUCCCAAGGGGCAGAAGCUUAUCUCCAAAUACCUUCAAGUUCUCCCCACCGGCGGAGAACUGACUCGAAUAGUCUGCAUGGCUGUAUUCCGGCAUUUAAGGUUUUUAUUCGGCGGGCUUCCGUCAGAUGUUUCGAUCACAAACCUAGCGAAAGCAGUUUCCACAUCUGUUAAGGGUAUGGACCUUAACGCUGUUAGCGCGUGUCUUGCUGCAGUUGUUUGUUCGUCGGAGCAGCCGCCACUUCGACCGGUUGGCAGCCCUUCCGGAGAUGGAGCGUCGGUUACGUUGAUUUCAGUUCUGGAGAGGGCGACUGAAGUUCUAAAGGUGUCUGGUAACUCUAGAAGGCCGAAUCCUGCCUUGUGGCAGGCUUCUUUCGAUGCGUUCUUCGAUCUUCUGACUAAGUAUUGUAUGAGUAAAUACGACAGCAUAAUUCAGUCUAUAAGUUCACAACAGGCGGCGGCUGGUGGAAGUACAGAGAGUGGUAGUAGCAGUAUGAGUUCUGAGGGUCCGAGAGCAAUAAGCAGGGAGAUGCCUGUGGAGCUUCUUCGGGCUAGCCUUCCUCACACAAACGAGAAACAGAGAAGGUUGUUGUUAGAUUUUGCUAGACGAUCUGUUCCCGAUGCUGGACCUAAUGCUCAAUCAGGUAGCCCUGGUUCUUUAAACGCCGAAUCGGUUAAGGGUUAGAGAAAUGAGGAUGGGGGUUUUCUUUUCUUUUUUUAGGAAAGGGGGAAUCCACAUUAGAAUAGUUGAAAAUACAGUCUGUAUCAUGUAACUUGCUGCUACUUUUUGGAUGAUCCUAUUAUUAUAUGGAUGGUUUUAGGAGCCUAGCAAUGUACCAAGACUGUCUGAUGUUCUCGUAAAUCUUUUAUGUUUUUUUUUGUUUUUGUUAGAUUGUGUAUCUUUUAUUUUUAUGUUUAUUCAAUUUGAAGUGAUAGUUGCAAUAAAUUGAUAUUGAGUUUUAUUUAUGUAUUGAUUGUGUGAUGG